AACAACAAUUAUUAUUAUUAUUACUUUACACAUAUGGAUGAUUAAAUAAAUUAAAGAUAUAUAAAGAAAAAAAAUCCAAAAUAAAAAGUGAAAAGAGUGCAAAAAGCUGAAACAGGUUCUUGUUUAUAUAUAUAAAAAAACGUAAAUAUAUAUGACUGCAAAAUGCAUCCAGGCGAAAAUUUACGUGUGCCUUCGAUAAACAAUGACGAUGACACGGGCAAAUGGCAAACGGCACCAAUCACCACAAACAACAAUUCAAACAAUAGUCUUAAGAAUAGUAAGAAUAAUAAUGGCAUUUCUGUGAUACGGUUUAACGGUAGUAGUAAUGGCAGUAGUAAUUUUAACAAUGGGACAAGUGAUAGAGGCAACACAGAACACAAGUGGCCGCCAUUGUUGGGCGACGUGCAGCCCGUGCAGCUCCAACGUGAUACCGACAGCUUGAAAAAGCACAAAAACAACAAUGAAUGGAGCAUAAUGGGCGGCGGUGGCGGCGGCGAGGACAAGAAACGCACUGGCAGUCUCAAAAAUGGAAAUGGUGGCGUUAGUACGCCCAAAAGUAUACCGUACGAAAAGUACACGUCGUACUGGCCCGCAUGCGAGGACACCAACGGGAAAUUGUGUGGCAACAAUAACGGCAGUUUGAUCAACAGCAAAACCCUUUUGGGCAAUGCGAAUGGGUAUCCGGCUGAAUUGGAGUCGUUGACAGGUCGACGGAAAAAAAAUUUGCAGGACGACGACGAGGAUUGCGAGUCAGAUGAUGUUUCGCAGUGCGGAAUUGGUGGCUGCCAACCACGAUGGACGCGUUCAUUUGCCUCGACGCACUGCUUUAUGGUUGUUUUUCUCAUCGCAUGGGUAUUACAGGGAAUGUACUACACAUAUUUCGUCAGCAUGAUCACCACAAUAGAGAAAUUGUUUCAAAUAAAAUCGAAAACGACCGGAUUAUUGAUGAGCGUCGUUGAAAUAGGUCAAAUUAGUACAUCGCUAUUUUUAACAUAUUAUGCGGGACGAGGUCACCGCCCUAGAUGGAUUGCAUGCGGCACCGUGUUAUUCGCCAUCGCGUCCUUCGGCUGCACAUUGCCGCACUUUUUCUACGGCGACCAGCUCCUCGAGGCCCAUUUGAAGCUCAGCGGCCACAUCAGUCGCUCGCAACUCGGAAACCUCAGCCAGAGCGAGUACACACUCAAAAAUGCCCUGGCAACGGCCCAAUCGAAUCUCUGCUUGAACGAAACGACAUCGAUAACGUCCUCCUCCUCCUCCGCUUUCGAGAGCUUGAUCGGAAGCCGCAACGAAGACUCGUGCGACAGCGACAACGUCAAACUGGAACAAGACAAUCAAAACGACAUUACCUCAAUUGUGCUGGCAAUUUUCGCCGUUUGCUUGCUGCUCAUCGGAAUUGGCCAAACAGCUGUUUCAACACUCGCGCUCCCGUACAUCGACGAUAAUGUGGCGAGUCGCGAGUCACCUAUUUAUAUCGCUAUCAGCAUCGGAGUUCGAAUCUUGGGACCGGCAGCUGGAUUUAUUUUGGGCUCAAUUUGCACUAGCAUUCCAUAUCCUAACCUCGAUCCGUCAAUCAAGACCACAGAUGCGCAAUUUGUGGGAUCCUGGUAUCUAGGUCUUCUUCUCGUGUCGUCGUGCAUGGCCUUCACAUCGCUAGCACUGUUCAUGUUCCCGCGCAACUUGCGGGGCAAUCGUAUUCCGCCACCAAAGAAUGUGCGUGCCAUCGAGCCGGAAAAGAAACCGGAAGUUCGCACGGAAGAAGCUGCACCCAAAUUUAAAGAUUUUCCCAAAACCAUCAAACGUCAGCUGAGCAACGACAUCCUUAUGUUCCGCACUGCAUCGUCAGUCCUCCAUUUACUGCCAGUUGCCGGUUUGUACACUUUCCUCCCGAAAUACAUGGAAACGCAGUUCAAUCUGGCGGCCAGCGAUGCUAAUCUGAUUUCGGCUUUUGGCGGAAUUCUCGUGAUGGGUGUCGGAAUUGUCAUUUCUGGCAUCAUAAUUUUGAAAUUUACGCCAACCGCAAAAUCUGUGGCAGCCUGGAUCGCAUUCACGGCGAUUAUUUAUUCCAUUGGCAUGGGAAUUUUGAUGUUCGUUGGAUGUCCGAUGAGUAAUUUGGCGGGAUAUGAACAAGUCAAAGCGUUCCAAGAUGCGCCCCGUGGAUCCCUUUGCUCAAAUGUCACGCAAUGCUCGUGUUCCGCAGAGAACUUUUCGCCAGUCUGUGGUGCCAAUGGAGUCACUUACUUCUCAUCAUGUCAUGCCGGAUGCUCGAAUGUGGAGAUCAUAUCGAAGGGAAAGAAUGAAACGGCGCUUUUGUACAGCAAUUGUUCCUGUCUGGAUGAUCAAACGUCGUAUUCGGUCGUUGUGGAUAAUUUAGACUUUGGACAAGCUAUUGGCGGAUCGUGCGACGGUCAUUGCCAGAAAUUUGUAAUCUUUAUUUUGCUGUUUGCGUUCUUCGUGUUUGUCCAUUCGAGCGGCGAAGUGGGCAGUAUGUUGCUCAUUAUGCGGUGUACCGAUCCAAAAGACAAAGCCAUGGCAAUGGGAGUGAUCCAGUUCGCCAUCGGUCUCUUCGGCAAUGUUCCUUGUCCAAUUAUUUAUGGCGCCAUCAUUGACUCUGCGUGUCUUGUUUGGGAAACAGUUUGUGAUAAAGUUGGAGCUUGCUCCUUGUACGACGGUGAUACGUUCCGAACAUUCUUCUUUGGUGCAACAUCCGGCAUCAUGUUCUUGGCAUUCAUCAUGGAUGUGGUAGUUUGGAAAAAGGCAGAUCGCAUCAUUAUCGAUCCCGAGGACUCGUCAUCCUCUGAGACUGAAUACGAAAAGGCCGAAACUUCGGCGCCCGAGUCGACUGUGUAGAAAAAAAAAUCGCUCAACUUUUAAACAAAAAAAAAAAAUAUUUUUUAUUCAAGAUAAUUGUUAAGACUUUCUUCAUGUACAAAAAAACAAACAAACAACAUACUUUCGAAUCAUUUCGAAUAUUACUUUUAAUGUUGGCCGAUUGUCCCGGCAGGAGAUUGCAAAAAAUUGUACAUAACGGCAUCUCUCCACGGACAAUCACAAAUUCCUACUUCAGAGAAAAAAUUGUUAUAAUUUUUAAUCAACUAUUUUAAUUAUUAUUAUUCUUUAAUGUUGAAUAAUUUUUAUGCUAUAAAUAUUAAAUCAUCAAGAUUCCUUGUUUAUAAUUUUAUCAAUAAACAAAUAUUUAGACAAAGAGGUGGGCUGAAAAAAAAAAGUUACCGGGAAUUCGGUAUAAAAUUGAAAUUUUUUAAAAAUAUUUUAGAAAAAAUCAAUUUUAAGUCGAAAAAAUUGACCGGCCCAGUCCACCUCUGUUAAGUUAGUUAAUUAGUUCUUUUUAAAAAAGAUGUAAAACAACAAAAGUAUACUAUUUUAUUUUAAUCUGCAUCAUUAUGUCAUAAGUUUUAAUUCAUUUCAAUGAAGUUUUAGUAAGAAAAAAGUUCAAAAAAACAACGAAUUUCGUUAAAAAUAAUAUUUUACGAUCUGUGAAACAGUUAAAAAUAGAAAGAAAUAGAAACUAAAGAGAUCCCCUACUUAUAAAUAUAAUUUUACUAUAAAUUACAAUAGUGGAAAAUGUCUGAUUUAUGUAGGAUAAGGGUGCCAUGAACUUUUGUUGCAAAAGUCCAAAAUGCGUGAUUUGAAACAAAAAAAAAGUACAGAAUAAGGAAGAAAGAAGGCUCAGAUGUUAUUUUUAAAUUAAAAGUAAAAUGCCAGUAAUUACGAAAAAAAAUAAGAAUAAAUAUUUUUUAAGAAAAUUUGUUGUUAGAAUAAAUGUAGUAUGAAUUAAAUAUAUAUGAUAAAAAUAUUAAUUUUUAUA